AUGGAGGCUGCGGGGCCGCCCCAGGCCGGCAGGUGCUACAGGGAAGCCCUGGAGAAGCUCUUCCCUCGCCUCUGCUUCCUCUGCUCCCUGGUGGCCUAUGCGCUGAUGGGUGCCGUGCUCUUCUCAGCCGUCGAGGGCGGCCAGGAGCUGGGGUCCGAGGACCCGGAGUUUGAGGAGUUCUUGGAGGAGCUCUGCGGCAUCCUGAAAUGCAACCGAACAGUUGGGGAAGGCAGGAAACGGGAUCUCGGGCUGGCCCUGCGGAAGGUGAAGCCCCAGUGGUUUAGCCCAGACUGGUCCUUCUUGAGCUCACUCUUUUUCUGCUGCACAGUGAUCAGCACGGUGGGUUACGGCCAUAUCUACCCUGUCACCAGGCUCGGCAAAUAUUUGUGUAUGCUCUACGCUCUCUUUGGCAUCCCGUUGAUGUUCCUGGUCCUCACAGACACGGGCGACAUCCUGGCCACCAUCUUAUCCAUGUGUUACAAUCGGUUCAGAAAACUCCUGUUCCUGCCCUGUCCCCUUCCCAGUCGGUGCUCCCGACUGCCCUGCAGGAGAAGGCCUGACGCCACACGGGUGGAUGAAGCCGUCCCAAGGAUCGUCAUCAAUGCCCAGGAGCUCCCAGACCCCAAACCUGGCAGGUGUCCAGCCCCAAGCAGCAACACAGAGCUGUUUGAGACACUUCUUGCACAAAAGAAACUUCGUGCACAAAAGAAACAGAAUAAACUGCAACCACCCCCGGUUGCUGUGGAGAGGAGUAGCUCCUGUCCUGAGCUGGGGUCCAGGAGACUCUCGUACUCCAUCAUCAGCAACCUGGAUGAGGUGGGGCGGCAGGUGGAGAGGCUGGAUGUCCCCCUGCCCAUCAUCGCCCUCUUCGUCUUUGCCUACAUUUCCUGUGCAGCCGCCAUCCUCCCCAUCUGGGAGAAGCAGCUGGACUUCGAGGAUGCUUUUUAUUUCUGCUUUGUCACCCUGACCACCAUAGGCUUUGGGGAUACCGUUUUAGAACACCCUCACUUCUUCUUGUUCUUCUCCAUUUAUAUCAUCAUCGGCAUAGAGAUCGUGUACAUUGCUUUCAAGCUGGUGCAAAACAGGCUGAUUCACAUCUAUAAAAAUCUUAUCCUGUUCUUUGCAAAAGGGAGGUUUUAG